AUAAGGCUUUUUUAACAGGGUCAUUAACCAGUGGAACAACUGCCCAGGUGCUCUCCAUCACUGGCAAUUUCUAAAUCCAGAUCUGCUCUGGUUCAAACAGGCAUUAAUUCAGGGGCGCCCAAUGGGCUGUUACAUCAUGGUCCCAUCUGGCCUCGAUCGUCCCGUCUGACCUGUGUAAGCUGUGAAAAGUCUGGUUUGGUUUUUAUGAAUGAUCUAACCCCAGCUGAGUUGCCGUGCUGUGGCUUGGCCCUGUCUUACCGCCACUGGCCUGGUUAUUGUGCGGUGUUAACCUUAGGCUUUGGCUGUACAAAUGGUUAGUUUCGGCAAGCCAGGGUGUAAAUCUGCCAUGUGCUAGGUGGCCGGGUGGACCCUGCUCCACACCCCGAGUUCUGCAGCGCGCGUGGGAUCUGCCCUGCUUGGAAACAGUAGGUGAAAGUGCUCUAGCAGCUGUUAGUCUGCGGUAGCAGAGUCUUAACGGACAGUGCGCAGCUGGCUAGGGCAGGGUAGCUUUACACCCCAGCUUGCCAUGAGCUAAGUGUUUGCUUAGACAGGCCCUUACUCCUCUGGCCCUUGGCCAUUAUUAGUAUUUGGAUCCCUAGCAUCAAUUGAUUCUAGUUAGACUUAACCCCUGCCUGUCCCAGGCUUGUUUAAACCCUAACCUGUUUUGACCCGUCGGUUGCAUUGACUUCCCCUCCCCAACACACACACAGUCCCCUGCCCAUCGCUACUUCUUACCCAGGUUGGUGACAAUGAGCCCAGCUCUUUCUGCCUGCUGCCCCUCGUGGCCCAGUGCGAGGUGGCGUCUGUCCGUGCCCCCUCUCUAGUCUCUUGCAGAUGAUGAACAGCAAAGGACAGGCCAAGUCAAGGGCUAUUGGAUCCUAUGUCAAUUGUAUGGGUCUGUCAAAGCUGCCUCCCUGCAGGGAAGAGCCCUGCUGCCAUACAGAGUCCCAAAGGUUUCUCCUCCUCUCUCCAGAGUCCGGGGACGUGAAGGCCACUAUUGCCGUGCUCAGCUUCAUCCUCUCCAGUGCAGCCAAACACAGCGUAGACAGCGACUCUCUGUCCAGCGAGCUGCAACAGCUGGGGCUGCCCAAAGAACAUGCCACAGGAUUGUGCCGGUCCUAUGAGGAGAAACAGAGCCCCCUGCAGGACAGCCUGAGGACACGCAGCCUGAGAUUGAACCGUCUGGACUCUGUGUCCUGGAGGGUGGAUCACACGCUCAGCUCCAGUGAGCUCCAGACGGUCAAUGAGCCCCUUGUGCACCUGAAGUUCACCGUGCGAGACGGGGACCGAGGCGUGACGGAGCCCUUUGCUAUGACUGUGUCGGCAGAGAAGUUCCGGGUCUUACUGACAGAGCUGAGACAGGCCCACGCCAUGAUGAAAACUCUCAGCUGAGGAGCCGGGAGGACGGCAGCGAGCGUGGAAGGAGCCAGCUGAUUGCUCUGCAGCUCAUCAGAGAGUCUGGUGGGUGCGGUUCCUCCGCUGGGGAAGCCCCUCGCUGCACACAGCCGCAGACACCGCCUGGGCAGAGGUUGGACUGGGCUCUCCUCCCUUCUCAGACCCCUGCAGCUGAAACUGACAAUUGCUCUUCCCACUCUUCCUGGCUACUGCCUCCCCCUCCCCCGUCCAGCUCUCUUGCUGUGGAGCCUCCUACCUGCCCCUCCUCCAUCCUGCCCACAAGCCCUUGUGCUUCCAGGAGCCCCACCGCAGGAUCCGUCCCCAGAGCAAUGGUGGAUGGGAGCUUGGUGGCUUCUGCAUCUGCUAACGAGAUCUCCACCUUGAGACCAGCUUCAGUUCGGAGUUCCCAUAACAAAGGCGUCCAAACCCAUGGGCCGUGCCACUGUGUAACACACAUGUCUCCGGAGAAUACCCAGGCCUGCCGGCUGGAGGCUACUUUAACAGUGAAAGACCCUGAAAUCCCCUGCCCAGCCCUUUGUUGGUGGUUGUGUUCCUGAACAGCUGCAGGGAGCUGAUCUGCCCUUUUGCUUCUGCUUGAAUUGUCUCCUGUGACUACUCCAGGGCAGGCACUUGGUCUUCUCUGGAGACUAGCACGCUGCAGCCCACCAAAUGCUGCGGCUAGGCCAGCUCCACAUCACCCAUUGACUGAACUCCUGCAGCAAUCCAGGAUGCCUGUGGCUGGGACGACUCUGCCAGUCGUACAUAAGAGGUUGGAAAGUUUCAUCAGCCGACGCACCAUGGAGCAUUCUCUAGUCCCUUCUUGCUCCCCCGCAUCCCUCCCCUUAAAAGCACUUUGCCUCUGUUUUUUCCACUUCCUUUAAAGGAGCCCCUUACCUAGGGGACAAAUGCAGCUUUUCUGUCUUUCCUUCCCCCCAUGCUCCUACCACCUUUUCCAGGGCAGCUCAGUGCAUGGAAUAAAGGAUCAGCAGGAACAUGCAUCUGUGAAUAUCUCCAUGCGUUUCCGGUUGGCCUUGGCACAUGAAGCCAGUUAUUUGUAAUGUUUCCUAUUUUGCCAGCGGGAUCCAACAAAGCCACGAGGAGCAUUUUUAAUUUGCAUUGCUGCCUCCCUUGGCACCCCUGCACCCUCAUUUCUGACACCCUCAGACUGGGAGCAGAGAUGUGUCUUUAAAUAACUGGAGUAAAUCUUUUGUAUUUGAAAGGGGGGGAUUGAUGCCACAGACAAAAUUCAUCAUACGGGCAGGUGCUCUAUAACCUGUUCCCACCCCCUGCAGCUCUGUCAAUGUUUCUCCAUCCCACAUACACCCUUUCUGCUCCUUCAGUCCUGACCUCUGCAGAAACCAGAGCCAGGGUAGGCAAAGUCCGUAAACUAUUCACUCACCCCAGCCUUGUCUUGUACAACCCUGGCUAGUCCAGCCCUUGCCCCAGGCACAGCUCUGGUAACAGCCAUCGAGGGACCAGUUGGGUUUUGCUAACUUCAUUUAAGCUGUGCUCCGUUUACAUUGUCCCCUGCCACUGGUGCCUAUUGUGCUAACCCCCUUUCCCGGCUACAGCUCAGGGCUCUGGUUUACAGGAACUUCACAGCUUGGGGAUGAUGCAGUUGCUCCUUUAGCGCAAAGCCAGCACAGCCUGAAGGCGGUGAAGUGGGAAACCAUUUUAACUGCAGACUCUGAAAUAAUUUGGUAAAUUGCUGCUAAACAGCAAAAGCCCAGGGCAGCCCUGUAUUUUUAAGAACAAGGCCGUGCUCCAUUGAAUUGAAAGACAAUACAAUUAAAAUGGUACAAACAAUAGUUUAAUAAUAAUACCUAACUCUUCUAUCACGCUUUCAGAAGUAAAUCUCAACACACUUUAAAAA